UCAACCUUGGAUGCGAUAGUCGCGCUGCGGAAAAAUAUCUGCACGAUAUUCGUGCUGUCAGAGGAAACGCGAACCUACCAGGCAGACUUCCGUUCGACCAUCGUUCUUUCGUUCUCGACCCGUCAAACCGACCAGAAGGAAAAUGAGAGCUAAGUGGCGUAAGAAGCGUAUGCGUAGGUUGAAGCGUAAGCGCAGAAAGAUGCGUGCACGUUCCAAGUAGGUGCAGCGCCAUCGACCACUAACUGGAACUUUUGACCUACAAGCACACCACUACUGAAACAUGCCGUCUGGGCCCCACAUUGUGGCCCGAAAGUAAUUUUGUAAAAACAGUUUUCACGCAAAACAAGAAAAUGUGCAUUUAAAAUACACUUCCGAAUUUCACGUUUAAAUUGAUUCUAAUAAAUUACUGGAUUUUCACAAAAGUUCCAACUGAAUCAAAUCAUGUGUUCUUAAUAAUAGAGUGGUAGAGAAAAAAGCGGCACCCAGCGUGCUGUUUCAACAUAACCACAUUUGUAUGUCAUCUGUGUGUGUGUAUGUAGCGCACAGAGCACGUUUUGGCUAAAAUGUUACACUAAUUUUUGACAUUCCGAUCAUUUUUAUUCGUGAAAUAUAGAGUAAUUUUUUUCUCAAGCUUGGAAGUUUAUGACACCGUGCCGGCAGAAAACUGGAGAAAGUAAUCGCUUGAAACAAGAAGAUUAGUGAGACAAUCAGAAAUAUGCCUGAUAAUACUCCGCUCGUACAGUUGCUGCAAGCCUUAGGCGGCGGUGUCGCUGGGGGCUUGACUAGGACCUUGGUGCAGCCGUUCGACGUGAUCAAAAUUCGCUUUCAGAUGCAAGUGGAGCCGGUGGGCAAGCACGGAUACGAAUCGAAGUACCAGGGUCUGCUGCACGCCUUUCGUAGCAUAUACAAAGAGGAGGGACUACGGGGAAUCUGGCGUGGUCAUAACUCCGGCCAGGUGCUGAGCAUUACCUAUGCAGUCGUGCAGUUCUGGUCGUACGAGCAGCUUCGAGUCAAGGCCCACAAGAUGCCCUUCUUCGACGACCGACCGCUACUCUUGUACUUUGUAUGCGGGGGAUUGGCCGGAUGUCUGGGCACCGUGGCUGCCCAGCCCUUCGAUGUAAUCCGCACUCAAGUGGUGGCCGCCGAUCCCACCAGCAAGAGGAGUCGCAUGAGCUCCCUGAGAGGUGUACACUUCGUACACUCUACCGAAGGAUUGCGAGGCUUGUCCCGUGGCUUGGUCUUUACCCUGGCGCAGAUCUUUCCGCUAGUAGGUGCCAACUUUCUCAUCUACAAGUACCUGAACGCCCUUGUCCUCUUUAUUGUCAAGAAGUCAAAUCCCGACCACAACAUUCCUGGUCCCUGCCUCUUCGUCAAUGGUGCCCUCGCCGGGGUGUCGUCCAAGUUACUGGUCUAUCCAGCAGAUCUGAUGAAGAAGCGCAUGCAGCUGCACGGUUUUCACCAGGAUCGACAAACGUUCGGUCGGAAUCCCAUUUGUCCGACGGCAAAGCAAUGCUUCAUGACCACCUUAAAGGGUGAGGGCAUCUCCGGCUUUUAUAAGGGGGUUAGCCCCACACUCCUUAAGUCCGGCUUAUCCAGUGCCUUCUACUUCACUUUCUAUGACUACAUUAACCGCUACGUCAUCCAUCCUAUGCAGGACCGGGAAGAGCAGCGUCUGAAGGAAGAGAAGGCCAAGAGCGCCGCACCUAAAAAGGCCGGCUGGACCUAAUAAAGAUGCCCCAUAUGGGUGAGCCAGCACCACACAGUCUCGUUAGCGAGCCCUAAACAUCCUACCGCUGACCCAUAGACAGAAACGAUUAAACACACCGGGAAUGAGUUAAAUUAUUA